AUGAGCUCAACAAUACUGCAUUCAGAAGCCAGCAAGUUGAGUUUGAUCAAAAUAGCAGCCAGAAGGACCAUCCUCAGGAUGCCUCUUUGCAAGGAUUCUCGUGUAGGCAUUCACAGCAGCCUUGGAGAUGCUGUAUGCUGGCAGCAUCGAUGGCACGUUCCGCCAGCCUCGAGGUUGUCAUCUUUGCAAUCUUGCAGAAACCUCUUCACCAUAUCAUCCAUCUUGUUCUCAUUCAGUGUCUCAACAUCUCCAAGUUGGUUCCUCACGUCCUCGCUAGGGAUCCUUCGUAGCUCCCCUCGGAGGGAGGAGAUGUUAACUAUCCUGGCACCACAAGUGGAGAGCUUGAGGAGUGGGAGGAGAACCUCAGUUGUUGCCUUGACGCCAUAG